AUGGGGACAAAUACAAAACCUAUUGUGUUCUUGAGCGUAUUUCAAGCAGAGCCACCGUGCGGAAAUCGUGAAAAUGAAUCAAAUUAUCAUAAGCUAUGGCCGUAUAAUCAACCUCUCGCUGACCGUUAUAGCUUCACAGAUGGAGUACGGAAGUUUUGGGGACAUACUUAUUCUUCAGGUGUAUGGCAGUUUGAAGGGAAGGCUUAUCUUCCUAAUGGGACAUUGCGCGUCUGCAUAAUGCAAAUCUUUGGUUCCCCAGAUGCUGAUGGAGGGGCCUCAACUAUAAUGUUGAGGGUCUAUGAUGGGGCACUGAAAUACUACCAACAGCAAACUGUUGAGGACAGUAUCUAUGAUCGAUGGUUCCAAGUGAAUGUGAUUCAUGACACCGCUGCAAAGGUGGUAAAGUUCCAUAUGCAUGGAGCCCGGUCUAUGCUAGGAAAAGAUCCUACUCAUGGGUUCAUCUCUCUCCCUCUCAACUGUUCUAACUUUGACAUCCAAAGACCCUAUGAUUUGGCAGUCAGUAACAGAUACAGCUUCAUCGAUGGAAUUCAUAAACUAUGGGUCCUGUCUACAGACAAGCCACACUCAAUUACAAGCCACACUUCUGCACGAACAGAGAUUCGGAUUAAAGGAUAUGAUUAUUCUUCAGGCGUAUGGCAGUUCGAAGGGCAUGCUUAUGUCCCAAGUGGGACAUCAGGAGUGUGUAUCAUGCAAGUCUUUGGUUCGAGUAAGAGGGCGACAACUCUGAUGCUAAGGGUCUACAGUGGUGCACUCAUGUAUUAUCGGUCAUUGCUCAUAGCUGAUGAUAUCUAUGGGAGAUGGUUCAGAGUGAAUGUGAUCCAUGAUACAGGUGCUGCAUUGGUCAGCAUUUUCAUUGAUGGAGAUCUCAAGCUAGUUGCUAAUGAUACAGGGGGAGCUUCUCAUUACUUUAAAUGUGGUGUUUACAUGCAAAAUAAUGCUUCCUAUUUUAUGGAAUCCCGUUGGAAGGGAAUCAAGGUCUUGAAGUUAUCUAAUUGAAACAAGGCAGGAUAGUCAGGCUUCAAAAUAUUAAUAAGAUUCUGUGUACAAGACUAAAUUGUGUUCAUCAGUGCAAACUGACAAUUGGUUCUGUUAGGGAUUAAGAAGCACACAAACAAUAACCACACAAAUAAGGAGGGCAAGUACCAACACAACACAAAGAGUUUUACAUGGUUCGGCCGAGCUUGCCUACAUCCACUAUCUUCACAAACCAAUACGACCAUUACAAUUGAUACAAGUUUUGCAUGGACAAACUUGAAAACCCUUGCAAAUCUCACAUCUCUCAAGGAACGUGAGAACACCUAUCACUCAAGAGCUCCAAGAGGCUACCAUCACAUCACUCAUAGAACCGAAGGACACCGAUCACUCAAGACUUCUAAGAGGAUCCUCCCUCUCACCUAGAG